UUAUCUAUUCAAUAUAAAAAUAUAAUUGUACUAUUUCAUUUCCAAAAUCUAUUAAAUAUUCUAUUAAGAAAUAUUCUAGAAUGUAUUGGAAAAUUUAUUUCGGUAUAUUAUUAUGUGUUACAAAAUCAUUUUCGACGGAUUCGGUCAUAGAACAUAUGUUUAUUUAUGAAAGUGAAGAGUCAUCUAGCGUAACGAAUAUGGAAGUUACGGAAAUCGAAAAUACAGAAGAAAUAUUUAAGAAUUAUUGCUUACCAAAAAAUAAUACUUCAGGUAUUGUUCGUGUUGAAAUUUGUUUAUACGGUUUGAAAAGUAUAUUAAGCCAAAAAAAGCCGGCUUACAAUAUCAGUAACAUAAAAUACAUUAUAGAAAAAUUGUGGAACUUCGAUGGAAACGAAAUAAUAAACCUAAAUAUUUUUAGACAAAUUUUAAAUAAUCAAUAUUACCCAAUUCCAAAAAUUGUUUUACCAAAAUUUCAAAGUCUCGAAGGCAUAUUUAAAGUAUAUGACCCAGAUAAGAUCGGAUGCAUCUCUAAUGGAUGUUUUAAACUAACAUUACAACAGGUUAUCCGUAAUAAUGAUAUCGUAGACCAUUUAAUGAAACCAUUUUCUUCUGACACGGUUUGUUAUGAAGAAUGGUUAUUGAAAAAAAGAAAAGAUUUGUAUAACAACCAGGAAGCUUGGAAUAUUUCUAAUAAAACACAUUACGGAUAAUUUUUUUUCAAAAUAAAUCAUAUUAUUAUCAAAAUACUUUUUAAUUUAUUUAAAAAAUAUCAACAAUUAUAAUUAUUUAGUUUACUUGAAUUAUUAUGUUUGACUGUAAUACAUUUUUAGAAAUUUAGGAAAAUAUUUUAAAAUUAGACUAUUGCAAAAAAUGGCAUUUAACAUUUUUUUUCUCUAUUUUAUGCUGCUAUAAUAUUUUAAAACCUCCAACCCUAAAGGAAUAUUAAUAGAGCAUAUUAAAGACAAUAACCUAUCUUUUGGUAGGUAAUUUAUGAAAAUUCAAUAAAAAACGUACAUACAGGAAGAA